CAUUCACUGUUAGCAGAUUCCAAUUUCUCUCUCUCUCUCUCUCUCUCUCUCUCUCUCUCUGUUUUUCUUCUUCCCCACAGUUCUUCCUUUUUCUACUCACAUUAACCUAUUCCCUCCUCCUCUCGCUCGCUCCCUCCCUCCCUUUUUUCAUCAUUUCAGAGAGUUCGGUUUGCCUUCGUUCGUUGUCUCUGCCAGGACUCUGACGCCAGUCCCACAGAGGGAAAGAGACGGAGAGUGAGAGGGAUGACUCCCCAGAAAGGAAGGAACUUUUAAAAGACUUUGAGAAGCUCAAGCUCAUGCAUUGAAUGAACAGCUCCCAAUCUUGUUCAGGUUUCCGUUAAUGGGGGGUCCGGUCUUUAUGGCUCCCCCAACCACUCCCCUCGCUUAAUUCCUCCUCUGUCUUUAGGUUGCUCCUCUCUUCUGCAAUGUCAAAGUAGAGAUUUUUGAACACGAGAACGUACUUGGCCUCCAUUGUUGUUGUCUGUCCUGUUUCUCUGCUUUUAGUGCUUUCCUUGGGUUGGAAUUUCUGGUACAUUGAGGGGAUUUCUCAGUUGGGUCUGAGGUGGUUUGGAGACUUUCUUGGACAAUGCCCUUUGCCUCCCUCUGUCUUUGUCUCCUCGUACUGUGGUUUUCGGUUUCUACAAGAAUGUGGCUUUAGUUGCUUGAGUUGAAGUUCAGAUUUUGGGUUCUUCGAGCUCGCUCGGAAGUGGGUGAAAAUCAAGUCUUGAUCUUGGGAAGGUUUGUGCGGGAAUGUGGUUUAGUUUCUUGAAUUGAAGUUCGGAAUUUGGGGCAUGGGUUCUGCAAACUCCAAGGUGGACAGUCACCAAGCUCUCAGCCUGUGCAAGGCCAGAAGGAAGUUCAUCAAGCAAGCCAUCGAAUCUCGAUACUUGCUUGCAGCCGCCCACUUAUCACACACUCAGUCCCUCCGGAAUAUCGGGAUAGCUCUCCGGAGGUAUGCUGAAGCCGAGAUUCUGAUUGAGUCAUCCCUCUCAACCUCGGCCACGGAGCUUGAGAAGACACCCUCACAUUCCUCUUACCCGUCACCUUCCCCAUCCCACAUCCAUUAUGUUUCCGAUUCUCCCUCUCCCUCUCCCUCUCCCCCCCCAAUGGCUAGGCUCAGUUAUAUGAAGUCCCGGCAUUCUGAUCCUGUUACGGUUAGUCUGAAUCCCGUGAUUGGGACUAGCAGGUUUGUUGAUGAUGAGAAUGCAGCUUUCUCCGUUCUGCCCCCACCUCCUCCUCCACCCCCGCACGAGUCGGGAGCUUCUUGGGACUUCUUUGACACGACAGAUGAGAGUGAGAGCUUCAGGUUUAUAGGACCUGGAGGGGCAGAUGUGGAAUUCGAUGACUUGAGGGGAUGGUCCCACUUUAAGGGAGGGAGCAGUGACUGCUUAAAAUUCAACUCGAACGAUCAACUCAAUAAUGGAGUCUCAAGAGACCCUGGUAGCAAUAAUGGUCGUCUUCUUGCAAUAGAGGACACUAAUGUCGUGGCUAAUGGAUCGAAUACCAAAUGUAAGGAUUCGAAAAAGGAGAAGCCGUCCAUCGAGAAAGAAGUGUGUGCAGAGAGGGAAGAUCCUUCAGAAUUUAUUACGCACAGAGCCAAGGAUUUCCUCUCAAGCAUAAAGGACGUUGAGCAUAAGUUCUUUCGGGCAUCGGAGUCUGGGAGGGAGCUGUCAAGGAUGCUCGAGGCUAAUAAGAUGAGGCUUGGAUUCUCCGAGACAAAAGGCGAGUCAUCUUCCUCAGCAAUUAAGGCAGCUUAUCAACUCGUUUGUUGCCCCUGGAAGCAGGGGACUGUUUCUCAUGAACCAGGGCAGCAGGGAAUGAAGAUGAUAAUUUGGAAACGAUCAACAUCCUCGACUUCGUCUUCCUCGAGGAAUCCUCUUGCAGGGGCUGCAAAGGAUGAUGUCAGUGAUAGUGGGAGUGAUUUUGUCGAGGAAUUCUGCAUGAUCUCAGGAAGCCACUCAUCCACUCUGGAUAGACUCUAUGCAUGGGAGAGGAAGCUCUAUGAUGAAGUAAAGGCAAGCGAAUCCAUUAGAAAGGUUUAUGAUCGAAAAUGCGACCAACUUAGGCACCAGUUCGCGAAGGGUUGCAGCAGUCAAGUGAUAGACAAGACGCGUGCUGUCGUGAAGGAUCUCCAUUCGCAGAUAAUAGUUGCGCUACAUUCAGUUGAUUCAAUCUCGAAACGAAUUGAGAAGAUGAGGGAUGAGGAGUUGCAGCCCCAGCUUGUGGAACUGGUUCAGGGAUUCAUAAGAAUGUGGAAAGCCAUGCUUGAAUGCCACCACGCUCAAUAUAUUACGAUCUCAUUAGCUUACCACUCCCGAGCCCCAACAGGUACCACUCCCCGAGGGGGAGAGGGCCGGGGACAGGUAAUGACCCAGCUCCGGCAUGAGAUUGAAUGUUUUGGGUCAAGCUUCAGCAACUGGGUGAAUAGCCUCAGUUCUUAUAUCGAAGCCUUAAAUGGGUGGCUCCAGAACUGCAUCUUGCUCCCGCCUGAGCCCGGGCGUGCCAGAAACAGAAGGCCAUGGUCUCCGCGCAGGGCCCUGGCCCCACCGAUAUUUGUCCUAUGCCGUGACUGGCUUGCUGGACUCCGGACCCUGUCGGGUGGGGACGAGCUCAAUGAUGCACUCAGGGGAUUCCUAUCAGAUAUUCACGAUCUAAUGGAGGAGGAUGUUAAUGUUAGUAGUGGACAGAGGGAGGGUGAUCAUGGCGCAAAUGGAAACCCAGAGGUUAGCAAGGAAGACGAGAGGAAUGGAUUAGCUCCGUCGAACUUGAGUUGCGUGCACUCCAGUCUGAGCAAGGUUCUUGAUCGUAUGACCAAAUUCUCAGAGGCCUCCCUGAAGAUGUACGAGGACGUCAGGCAGAAAAGCAGUGCAGCCACAACAGCCUACUCGAACUGCAAGCCUGCUCGAUUGAAGACCGUGUGACUGCGAUUAUAUAUAUAUAUAUAUAUAUAUAUGAUGCAUUUCUAUGUAUUCCUAACCAAUCCCUUUGUUAGCGAUGGUGAUAGAUUGCUUCUUUUUUGUAAAUUUUCAAGGCUUGCACAGGGGGCUUUGGUCGGGAAGUAAAUUGAUGAAUAUAUUUUGCAUACGCUUUUAGAACUGAAGCUAUUAUAAUUA